CGUCACAUGCGUACCGGAAGUAGUCAGGCGUAAUGCCGGAAAUCAUUGUUGUUGACCAUCGGAUAUUUGUUUUUCGUCUCCUUUCUGGAUCCAUACAUUCGUUGUUCGUGUAUCAUUUCUAGUAUUGAAUUCUGUCGCAUUGACAACAGGGUCCUCAUCCGUGUUGACCCGGAGGGCUGCACAUAGACACCGGACCCUUGUAGUCGGGCCCGAGGCUGGGCUAACUCUAGCCUAGCAUUCAGAUAAGUCCUGCUAGCCAGCGUUAGCUUGUGUUAGCUGUCAGUCUAGCCGGGUUAAAAGUCAGCCGUUCACUCGCCUCACUCAUUCAUAACAACAGUGAAAACAAAAACACAAGAAACAUGGCCGUUGUCAACGAAGGUGCCCUGAAGAAAAUGCUAAAGCAAUACAAAUACAGAGAUCUGACUGUUCGUGAGAUAACCAAUGUCAUCUCCCAGUACAAGGACUUGAAGCCACUCAUGGAUGCUUAUGUGUUUAAUGAUGGAUCCACAAGAGACCUGAUGAGCCUGACAGGAACGGUCCCAGUGAGCUACAGAUGCAAUGUCUACAACAUACCAGUGUGUCUGUGGUUGCUGGACACAUAUCCCUACAACCCUCCCAUAUGUUUUGUCAAACCUACCAGUGCCAUGAUGAUCAAAACUGGCAAGCACAUCGAUGCCAACGGCAAGAUCUACCUGCCUUAUCUACAUGAGUGGAAGCAUCCUCAGUCAGACCUGUAUGGUCUGAUUCAGGUGAUGAUUGUGGUUUUUGGAGAGGAGCCUCCUGUGUUUUCUCGCCCAACGACACAAGCCCCCUAUCAAGCGUUCCAAGCAGCUGGACCCCCUAACCCCUCCUAUAUGCCUGGAAUGCCUGCAGUCUCCCCCUAUAGCCCAACUCCUAACCCAGGAGGCUAUCCAGGAUACCAAUACCCAGGGGGCAACUCUUACCCAGCCACUGCUGGACCUGCACACUACCCCACCCAGACUCCAGUUUCCACAGUGGGCCCGAACAGAGAUGGCACCAUUGGCGAGGACACCAUCCGUGCAUCUCUGAUAUCGGCUGUGAGCGACAAGCUUCGCUGGAGAAUGAAGGAGGAGAUGGACAGAGCUCAGGCGGAGCUUGACGCCCUGAAGAGAACAGAGGAGGAUCUGAAGAAAGGGCAUCAGAAACUGGAGGAGAUGGUCUCAAGACUGGACCAGGAAGUGUCUGAGGUUGACAGGAAUAUCGAGCUGCUGAAGAGAAAGGACGAAGAGCUCAGUGAGGCCUUGGAGAAGAUGGAGAACCAGUCAGAGAACAAUGACAUUGACGACGUCAUCGUGCCCACAGCUCCGCUGUACAAACAGAUCCUGAACCUAUAUGCAGAAGAAAACGCAAUUGAGGACACUAUCUUCUACCUCGGAGAAGCCCUUCGCAGGGGCGUCAUAGACCUUGAGGUUUUUCUUAAGCAUGUUCGCCUUCUGUCCAGAAAGCAGUUCCAGCUUCGUGCCCUCAUGCAGAAAGCCCGCAAGACUGCCGGUCUUAGUGACCUCUACUGACCCAAACUGACUACGGGAGAAACAUUAAUACUUUCACGCUCUCCUUCUUCUCGUCCUCUGUCUUAAUCCCCUUUUUUUAACGUCUUCUUGUAGCUGUCCUCUUUUUUUUUAUUUCUCAUUAAAAUCUGUUUUUGUGAGACAGUAACAACAGAGAAUGAUUUAAAAAAAAAAACAACAACAA